UGACCGGCGCCGAGUCUCGUGAGCGCCGCGGGGCGGCCGCUGCCGGAGCGGGCGGGACCCCAGCGGCGCAGCGGGCUCACGCGAGGCCGUGGCUUUGAGGCCUGCUCCGGAGCGCGGGGCGCUCGGAUCCGCUCAGUGCUGCGGGCAGCCCGGCGACGCGCCCCCGCGGCUCCCGCCGCCCGCGGGCAUCGCCGAACCGGCCUGGGAGGUGCCCGGCGCGGAUAGAGGGAGGUGAUGCCGAGCACAGCCAUGAAGAAAAAGGUGCUGCUGAUGGGUAAAAGUGGGUCUGGGAAGACCAGCAUGAGGUCCAUUAUCUUUGCAAACUACAUUGCCAGAGACACACGACGCCUGGGUGCCACAAUUGAUGUGGAGCACUCUCAUGUUAGAUUUCUAGGAAACCUGGUAUUAAACCUCUGGGACUGUGGAGGACAGGACACCUUUAUGGAGAACUACUUCACCAGUCAACGGGACAACAUCUUCCGCAACGUAGAGGUCCUCAUCUAUGUCUUUGAUGUAGAAAGCCGUGAACUGGAGAAGGACAUGCACUACUACCAGUCAUGCUUGGAGGCAAUUCUUCAGAACUCUCCUGAUGCAAAGAUCUUUUGCCUAGUGCACAAGAUGGACUUGGUGCAGGAGGAUCAGCGGGACUUGAUUUUUAAAGAGCGUGAGGAAGACUUGAGGCGCCUUUCCCGUCCUUUGGAAUGUGCUUGUUUUAGGACUUCCAUCUGGGAUGAAACACUUUACAAGGCUUGGUCCAGUAUAGUCUAUCAGCUGAUCCCAAAUGUCCAGCAGCUGGAGAUGAACCUGAGGAAUUUUGCUCAGAUCAUUGAGGCAGAUGAAGUGCUUCUGUUUGAGAGAGCCACUUUCCUGGUCAUUUCUCACUAUCAGUGCAAAGAACAGCGGGAUAUCCACAGAUUUGAGAAAAUCAGCAACAUUAUUAAACAAUUUAAACUAAGUUGCAGUAAGCUGGCGGCUUCUUUCCAGAGCAUGGAGGUCAGGAAUUCUAACUUUGCUGCUUUCAUUGACAUCUUCACAUCAAAUACAUAUGUGAUGGUGGUUAUGUCAGACCCUUCAAUACCUUCUGCAGCUACGCUGAUCAACAUCCGCAAUGCCAGAAAACACUUUGAGAAGCUGGAGAGAGUGGAUGGACCAAAGCACAGCCUGCUUAUGCGCUGAACAUUGGCCAAUGCACAUGGUCUUUGGCAGGAGAAGGAGUGGAUUGGAACUACUUUUUUUUUUUUUUAGGAGAAUCUAACAAUGUGGAUGUAUUUGUGGGCUUUGAAAUGAGUGUGCUGCUUACCAUCGCAAUCUUUAUUGUUUCUCCUUUUAACGUUGGACACUAUCACACAGAUGGUCUGGAUACACUGCGGACCUUCAAAAGAGACUCCUGGCAUUUAUGGGGUUGGGAAGAAGUAAGGACAGGUGAUGUGCACGUGGUCUCAUGCUCCUGGUUGUCAGUGGCAUGUGGCAGAGCCUUUUUGGAUGUUUGCUCCCAGGUGAUGGUACAAAUCACAGGGAUGAAGUAUUUACUAUUUUAUUGGUAGGUUGCUAGAAUACAUUUAUAAAUUUCUCCUUGUCUUCAGUCAUGAAAAUAAAUUUUUGCUACCAGGGAUUUCAGAUCCUGGAGCUUUGGAAA